AGCGUUUCCUGUGUUUGUAAACUGAGGAAAAACUGGAACUCGGGGCGACACACUGAAAAAUUAUCGAAACGCAGGGAAACGAGCAAGGGACAUGUGCCAGAUGAUUGGGUUGGGUCAGAUCUAACAGACUAUCCAGAGUGACCGCUUCCCCUGUUGCCUUGUCCCCUCCCCCACCCUGACACAUAGCGACCACAGCGAUGACACACCUGCCCACCAGCUCGGUCCGUGACCACAUGAAAUGGGCAGGACUGUUGGGUUGUGAGGCUGUUCUUUCCAGUAUGGCUUUGAUGCAAGCCAGUUCCAUGGCCGCUCCCAAGAAGAUGAUGUCCCCCUUGGGCCACGGGCAGAGAGACAGCCCGGAGCGUGGCCCCCAGAGUCACAUGAUCUUGCCCUCCGGCAUGAGCUGCCCGCCACUUCUUAUUCGUAAGGAAGGAGAUUUCCAUUCAUCCCGGUUGUUAGACGAGAAGGAAAUGCGAGAGAGCGAGGAUAUGCAGCUGAAAAAGAAGAACAGGAAAUCAGGAACGCCGUGCAAAGUGGUAGUGGUGGAUGAGAAUGGUGAAUGUCCACUGUCCAAAGUGCAGAAGAACUUCAUUUGUGAGCACUGCUAUGGUGCAUUUCGCAGCGGUUACCAUCUGAAAAGACACAUCCUCAUUCACACAGGAGAGAAGCCCUUUGCAUGUGAUAUAUGCGACAUGCGGUUUAUUCAGCGUUACCACCUUGAGAGGCAUCGGCGAGUCCACAGUGGAGAGAAGCCGUACCAGUGUGAGCACUGCCAGCAGAACUUCUCACGAACCGAUCGACUGCUCCGACAUCGACGGAUGUGCGGACAAGGGGCCACCAAGGGCGGAAACCAGCCGUGCUGUGAGGCGAGACCCUACUCCCAGGAGCCCCCUAACCCCACUGCUACCUGGACCCCCCUGCAACCUCCCUCAGGGGAGAAGCCAUUUCCAUGUGACAUAUGCGAUAUGCGGUUUACACAGCGUUACCACCUGGCGAGACACAAGAGAAUUCACAGUGGGGAGAAGCCAUACCAGUGCAACCACUGUCAGCAGAGCUACUCGCGAACUGACAGACUGCUGAGACACCAACGCCAUUGUCACGGACACGUGGCUCCCAAGCCUGGGAACCAACAAUGUUAUGAGGCGAGACCGUACUCCCAGGAGCCACCUCACCCCACUGCUACCUGGAGCCCACUGCAACCUCCAUCAGGGGAGAAGCCAUUUCCAUGUGACAUGUGUAGCAUGCGGUUUACACAGCGUUACCACCUGGCAAGACACAAGAGAAUUCACAGUGGGGAGAAGCCAUACCAGUGCAACCACUGUCAGCAGAGCUACUCACGAAGGGAUAGACUGCUGAGACAUCAACGCCAUUGUCACGGACACGUGGCUCCCAAGCCUGGGAACCAACCGUGUUACGAAGCAAGACCCUACUCCCAGGAGCCACCUCACCCCACUGCUACCUGGAGCCCACUGCAACCUCCAUCAGGGGAGAAGCCAUUUCCAUGUGACAUGUGUAACAUGCGGUUUACGCAGCGUUACCACCUGGCAAGACACAAACGAAUUCACAGUGGGGAGAAGCCGUAUCAAUGCGAACGUUGCCAACAGAGCUUCUCUCGAACAGACCGACUUCUGCGGCAUCGGAGGCUGUGUCAGGGGCAAGCCACUUCCAAGGCCACAAACCAGUCAUGGUAUGAGGCUAGACCCUACUCCCAGGUGAUCCCUCACCCCACUGUUGUCUGGACUACCCUGCAACCACCUGCAGGUCGCCUACCAGUCUGACUGACCCGCUGGCUUCAAACUCCUUGGAAAAACACAGCAAGCAAAAUUUACAGUUUCGGGAGUGCCGUGGCACAGCGCUAUGGUACAAACUGACACUGCAGCUUCGGUCGUGACAGUCUGGGAGAAAUUCUAAUGUUGUACUUAUUUUUAUUUUUUAAAUAUAUCCCCAUUUUAAUCCUCACUAAUUAAGAAGUAACAUAGCUCACUGCAAAGGCCAUGUGUCUGCUAGAUGGUAAGGGGCAGCAUUGCAGUCCAUGUCCUCACUUACUCUGCCAACACUGCCAAUUGACUGGCUCUGUGUACACGUUUCAAGGACUCGCAGGAGGAGUGACAUGGCCCAGGCAGCCAGGAACUGACAGACUUGAAGCUGUGUGCUGCAGGCAGCGGAGAUAUCCCUGCCAAUGCCCUCCCCUUGUGAGAGGAACAAAACCCGUUCCCACUCACAGGUGGCAAAGACACAUAUCAGACUGAGCCAUGGUCUCACUGCAGGACUCAGUCUGUGUAUGUUGAGAGCGCCUUAACUAACCGAGACACCCUUCUUCUUCUUCUUCACCAACUAAGAUCCCCGGUUUGGUUUUAUCCAAGGUUCUGUUUGGAUUAUGACUGUGAGAUUUUUUUUUUCUUCAUGGUACUGAAAAUUAGGAACGUGAGGGGUUUGGUGGACUGAGACUGCUUAUAAUACCACCAGUGCAAUGAUGAAAUGCAACUUAUACAUGGGUAUACAGUAUAAACUAAAUAAAUAAUUUAAGUAAUUAAAAGUUAUAUAGUUUUGAACUCCGAACAUUUUAAACAAUGGUACAAAACAUCUCUAUAAAAGAAGUAAAGAAAUCAGAUAUUGUACGUUUUUGACCCUUUCAUUUAAAAAAAAAAACAGCUGUUGGUGCCCAGUGAGUAAAUAGAGCAAAAAAAAAAGAUUAUUUAACUAAAGAGGUCAGUGUUUAGUCUAAAAUUACUGUAUUUGGUGUAGAGAGAAAAGCAUUAGAUAGAGUACAGUAUAAAAUAGUGCUGAUGACUCAGGACAUGACACAAGCAGGCUGCUUUACAGGUAUCUGUCCUUUUUAUACAAGCAUAUAACAAUAUAUAUGUAUAUACAUUUUCAUUUUAGUGAGUAGUUUGUCUUACGCAAACAUUAGUUACUGUUGCUAGUUUUUUUUAUUUUAUUUUAAGGCUUUAAUAAUGGAACUUAGUACACUGAAGUUUAACUACGUCUGUGUGAGGUAGGCAAUGCCAUGUAAAAUAA